CGGGGCUGGCUGGAGGCGGGCGCCGCCGUGGAGGGUGGGCGAGCACGUGGGGAGGGCGCGAAGGCGGGGACAAGGGGAGGGCACCGGGUAUAAACGCGGGGCCGCUGCGGCUGAGACGCCCCUCCUAUCCCACCGCCUCCAGAGCCUCCGGCUUCUCCCCCCAGGCUCCGACUCCGCCCGGGGAGAAGCCAUCCGGGAGGCAGUCCCGGGACGCAAUCCCGGAGGGCGGCCAGGAGGAGGAGGAGGAGGAGGACGGUGCCAGGCCAUGCCUGUCGCGGCUUCGUCGGGGCCCAAUGUAUCCUGGUGGGCAGCGGCCAACGUUUCCAGCUGCCCCGGCUGUGUCGCCAACGCAUCCGAGGGCCUGGGCCCCGUGCCGCGGCUUCUGGACGCCUGGCUGGUCCCGCUCUUCUUCGCCGCGCUCAUGGCGCUCGGCCUGGUCGGGAACUCGCUGGUCAUCUACGUCAUCUGCCGCCACAAGCAGAUGCGCACGGUGACCAACUUCUACAUCGCCAACCUGGCCGUCACGGAUGUGACCUUCCUGCUAUGCUGCGUGCCCUUCACGGCCCUGCUCUACCCGCUGCCCGCCUGGGUGCUGGGCGACUUCAUGUGCAAAUUCGUCAACUACAUCCAGCAGGUUUCGGUGCAGGCCACAUGCGCCACCCUAACGGCCAUGAGCGUGGAUCGCUGGUACGUGACGGUGUUCCCGCUGCGCGCCCUGCACCGCCGCACUCCGCGCCUGGCGCUGGCAGUCAGCCUCGGCAUCUGGGUGGGGUCUGCGGCCGUGUCUGCCCCGGUGCUCACACUGCACCGCCUCUCCACUGGACCGCGCACCUACUGCAGCGAGGCGUUCCCCAGCCGCACCCUGGAGCGCGCCUUCGCGCUCUACAACUUGCUGGCCCUCUACCUGCUGCCCCUGCUGGCCACCUGCGCCUGUUACGGCGCCAUGCUGCGCCACCUGGGCCGGGCCGCCGUGCGCCCCGCACCUUCAGAUGGAGCCCUGCAGGGGCAGCUGCUGGCUGAGCGCGCGGGAGCCGUGCGUGCCAAGGUCUCCAGACUGGUGGCCGCUGUGGUCCUGCUCUUUGCCGCCUGCUGGGGCCCCAUCCAGCUGUUCCUGGUGCUGCAGGCCCUAGGCCCCGCCGGCUCCUGGCACCCGCGCAGCUAUGCUGCCUACGCGCUCAAGAUCUGGGCACACUGCAUGUCCUAUAGCAACUCGGCGCUCAACCCGCUGCUCUACGCCUUCCUGGGCUCGCAUUUCCGACAGGCCUUCCGCCGCGUAUGCCCCUGCGCCACUCGACGCCAGCGCCGGCCCCCCGCUCCCGGCCAUUCCGACCCCGCCGGGGAGCUGCAGAGCCUGGCCGCGCACCCCGCCCCGGCCCCUGCGCCCCGAAGCCUGCGAGCUGCAGAGCACGCAGGCUGUGCGUCGUAGGGGAGCACUCGGCCCCUCUCUGAACUCAUUCUAUGAGAAUCCACGUGGGCCCCUCCAGAACUGGAGUGGGACUGCAAAUAUUCUGUUAUUAAUUGUGUAUGUGUGUGUGUGCGCGCGCCAGGACUAGGACUUGAACUCAGGGCCAUGUGGCUCCUCUUUCGUAGCUUUUUUCUGGCUCUUCUUGCUUGGCUUUUUCUGCUCAAGACUGGCACUCCAGCGCUUGAGCCCCAGCUUCACUUUGUGCUGAUUAAUUGGAGAGAGGACUUCUCACAGGUUUGUCUGCUGGGGUUGGCUUCGAACUGGGAUCCUCAGAUCCCAAGCCUCCUGAGUGGUCAGCCAGCUUCAGGCUAUUAUUGAUAUUUUUUUAUUGUCCCAGAUCAUCAGCAAAAACGUUUUGCCCUCUUUUGCUUUUGAUGUGGUAACGAUUGUUUCUGUAAUCCUCUGGAAUUGAAGAUGUGUUCACAUCUGUACUUUCUGGAUCUUUCCAGGAAGGGUCACCCCUUUGGGGGCACUGCCUUAUUAUUGUAAGAGUGUGGGUCCAGGGACUGGUGGGGAUAGAGCUCAGCAGUAGAGUGCCCCUAACGGAGGCAGGACACAUGCACCAAGUUAGAUUUAUCAAUUUGCAGAGA